AUGAAGUUCUCUACUAUUUUGGCAUCUUCCUUUGCUGCCACUCUCGCCUCUGCCGACUGGGUCGGAUGUCGUGUUAACGGUAAACAAGUCAGUGUUGUUGACAAGGAUACCGGAAACUGUCCUUUGGUUAUCCCAGACGAAGAUGUUGUUAAGUUCGUCUACCUUGAUGACCUCAACUACAACGCUUCUGCCUACUACUUCCUCGGCCCUGACGGAUCCAAGUACUUCAACGAGAUCCGUGACGCUGGUAGAAUCAUCAGUGUUCCUGCCCGUUUCCUUACUGACACUGCUCCUCUUUACAAUGUUGCUCUCGCUGCAAGCUCCAACUCUUCCAUUGUCUUGAGAAGAAGAUUCGAGGCUCAAUUGCAAGGCAGAGCUAUUGUUGGUGGUAUCGAUGCUCUUAUCCAAGCUUUGAAGAGCCAACCAGGUACUCCUGUUGCAGGUCUUAGUGUUGUUGCUAACACCCCAGACCCAGGUACCAUCCCAAGUGGCUCUGCUUCCGCUUCUGGCUCUGCUUCCGGCUCUGCUUCCGCUUCUGGCUCUGCUUCCGCUUCCGGUUCUGCUUCUUCUGGUGCUUCUUCUGCUUCUGGUUCUGCUUCCUCUGGUGCUUCCUCUGCUUCUGGUUCUGCUUCCUCUUCUGGUGUUGCCCCAACUACCACUGGAACUGUUACCACCACUUCUUCUACCACCAAGAUCAUCACCAUUACCUCUUGUUCUGACAACGUUUGCACCCCAACUGCCGUUCCAGCUACUCAAGGCCCAACCACCACCACCAUUAACGGUGUUGUCACUUCUUACACCACCUGGUGCCCACUCACUUGGGGUCCUUCCACCACCGUGAUCACCAUCACUUCUUGUAAGGAGGACAAGUGCAAGUACAAGACUACCACUGCCACCAUCCCAGUUGUUACCACCACCGUUACUUUGUGUGACAACAACAACCAAUGUACCGUUGUCCCAGUCCCAACCACUGCCCCAACCGCCUACACUGUUUCUACCAUCACCACCACCGUCUCUUCUAAGGGUGUUGUUGCCCCAACCACCAUCGUCACUACUGUCCCAGUUGCUCCAGUUGUCACCAUCACCACCUCUUACACCACCAACGGUGCUGUUGUCCCAACCACCCUCACCACUGCCGCUCCAGUUGCUCCAGUUGCCCCAGGUGCUCCAGGCGCUCCAGGUGCCCCAGGUGCCCCAGCUGGUUCAAACACUGUUGCUUCUGUCGUCACUGCUGGCUCCUCUGCUGGUCCAUACAAGCCAAACACUGUUAACCCAAUUGCUAACGCUGGUGUCGUUGCCAAGGGUUCCUUGUUGGCUGCCAUUGCCAUUCCUCUCGCUUACUUGUUGUAA